UCAUAAUCUUAUCUUAGAAAACCCAAUAAUAAUUGACCCAAUACGGAGCUCUCGUACUAACGUAAAUAUCCUAUAUCAUGGCCGCCUCAUCUGAGCUUUAAUAGUCGAGAGAACUUAGAAUUGUUUGAUCAUGCAGACAAGAGUCAGCAGUCAGAAUUUGGCUGGACAACACUCAGAUGUCCUGGAGAACUUGAGUCCGAUAGUCAGGAAGCGUGUCGAGAACCAACAUGAUGAAAUGGAAGCUAAAUUCUUCGAGGAGAGGGCAGCUCUAGAAGCUAAAUACCAAAAGCUGCAUCAGCCUUUGUAUACCAAGAUUGUGAACGGUGUGGUAGAAGUUGAAGAGAAAAGAGUACCGGAUUUCUGGCUUAUUGCAUUAAUGAACAAUGAAAUUACCGCUGAGGAGAUAACUGAGGGAGAUGAAGGUGCUCUUAAGUUCCUUAAAGAUAUCAAGUGGAAUAGGGUUGAAAAACCAAAAGUGUUCAAGCUUGAGUUCUUUUUUGAUCAGAACCCUUACUUCAAGAACACUGUCUUGACCAAGACAUAUCACAUGAUUGAUGAGGAUGAACCUAUCCUCGAGAAGGCCAUUGGGACAGAGAUUGAGUGGUAUCCUGGAAAAUGCUUGACUCAGAAGAUCCUUAAAAAGAAGCCAAAGAAGGGAUCCAAAAACACAAAGCCAAUCACUAAGACUGAGGAGUGUGAGAGCUUCUUCAACUUUUUCAGUCCACCUCAUGUUCCUGACGAUGAAGAGGAUCUUGAUGAUGACAUGAUACGGCCUUUCCCAAAAGCAGGAUUUGUGCUUAUCGUUGAUCUGAUAAUCUAUUCUUGCAUUGCACAGGCUGAUGAACUCCAAGGCCAUAUGGAGCACGACUAUGAUAUU